AUCAUGCUGGAAAAGAAGAAAAAAAGACUUUGAGUUUAGGUGAACUACAGUUUGCGUUUUAAAUCACACACCUUUCCUUUCGCGCGUUCUCUUCUUGCACUUUUAGUUCUCGCUCAUAAGUAACUUAGUUGCUGCUGAUAGACUCCUGUGAUCUGAACUUAGGACCCAGUCUCUCCGUCCAAAUGAAGUUUUCUCCCGCUCUUUGAGAAGCGACCCCGACUUCUGCCCCACGUCUCCCACGUCUUGCGACCGUAAACCCCCCGCGUGGACGGAAGGCGCGUUCGCGUUUCCCAUUGGAAGCGCCACCUGCUCCGCCAGGAUGAAGAAGUUUCGGAGGGUCCUGGACGGUCUGACCACCUCGACCCCGGGCGGCGGCGGCGGCGGCGGCGGUGGCGGCGGCGGUGGGGCAGCGCAGGUCAGCGGGGGACCCUCCAUCCCGAGCGCAGCCUGCGCUCACAGAGACAUCGAGGUGCAAGAAACCCUCGCAUCCGAGAACUUUCACGUCUGUAAGACAGCUCGUCACGGAUUUCCGUACCAGCCCACUGCUCUGGCAUUCGACCCAGUUCAGAAGAUCCUGGCCAUCGGCUGUAGGACAGGUGCUCUGCGAAUUCUAGGACAGCCUGGUGUGGACUGUUACUGCCAACAUGAAAGUGGGGCUGCUGUCCUCCAACUGCAGUUCCUCAUCAAUGAGGGGGCACUAGUCACAGCCUGUGCAGAUGACACCCUCCACCUAUGGAACCUGCGCCAGAAGCACCCCGCAAUCCUGCACUCACUGAAAUUUAACAGAGAACGCAUCACGUUCUGCCACCUGCCCUUCCAGAGCAAAUGGCUGUACGUGGGGACGGAGCGCGGGAACACGCACAUUGUCAACGUCGAGUCCUUCAUCCUGUCGGGAUACGUCAUCAUGUGGAACAAAGCCAUCGAACUAUCCACCAAAACCCACCCUGGCCCUGUGGUCCAUCUGAGUGACUGUCCCAGGGAUGAAGGCAAGCUGCUGAUCGGCUUUGAGAGUGGAACUGUAGUUCAGUGGGACCUGAGGGCAAAAAAGGCCGACUUCAGAAUCUACUAUGAUGAGGCGAUCCACUCUGUCAGCUGGCACCAUGAGGGGAAGCAGUUUAUGUGCAGCCACUCAGAUGGCAGCCUGACCACCUGGAGCCUGAGAAACACCACCAAGCCUUUCCAGGUGACCUUCCCCCAUGGUAAGAGCCAAAGGGAUGGGAAGAAGGCAGAGUCCUGCAAACCCAUCCUGAAGGUGGAAUACAAGACGUCCCGGAGCAGUAGUGAGCCCUUCAUCAUCUUCUCCGGUGGACUUUCUUAUGACAAGCCUGGCAGGAAGCCCGCCCUUACCAUCAUGCACGGCAAGUCGGUGACUGUGCUGGAGAUGGACCACCCAAUCGUCGAGUUCCUUGUACUCUGUGAGACCCCGUACCCCAACGAAGUGCAGGAGCCUUACGCAGUAGCAGUUCUCCUGGAGAAGGACUUCAUCGUGGUGGAUCUGACACAGAGCAAUUUCCCGAUCUUUGAGAACCCCUACCCCAUGGAUAUCCAUGAGUCACCGGUCACCUGCACUUACUACUUCACUGACUGUCCCCCUGACCUCAUUCCUGUCCUCUAUUCCCUGGGCAUCAAACACAAGAAGCAGGGCUACAGCCAUAAGGAAUGGCCAAUCAGUGGGGGAACAUGGACAUUAGGAGCACAGACCUACCCAGAAAUCAUCAUCACGGGGCAUGCAGACGGAUCGAUAAAGUUUUGGGAUGCGUCUGCCAUCACCCUGCAGAUGCUGUACAAGCUAAAGACGUCCAAGGUGUUUGAGAAGCCAAAGCUGGGGGAGGGGCGAGGGGCCGAAGUGGCGGAGGAGGACCCUUACGCCGUGCAGGUGGUCAGCUGGUGCCCCCAGAGCCGGCUCUUGUGUGUCGUCGGCUUCUCGGCCCACGUCAUCCUGUACCGCUUCAAUAAGCAUGACGUCACCACGGACAUAGCGGCUCUGGAGGUGCGUCUGCAGUGUGAUGUCGAAGAUGUCCUUUCCCCCUCGGAAGCCGAUGCCCAUCCUGCAGCUUUGCACCCCAGGUCGCACUCACCCCUCCCAAGCAGCCCAGGAAGUGGCACCCCUGACAGCACCAGAGACGGUGCCCCGUGUUUGAAGGUCAAGUCCCGCCAGCUACGAAUGCCAGCUGGUUACCAGGCCCACUUGGUGGUGCAGAUCCUUUGGGCAGACGGGGAACCACCCCAGCAGAUAACCAGUGUGGACAUCAGCUCAGCGUAUGGCCUGCUGGCUCUGGGAAAUUGUAACGGCCUGGUGGUGGUGGAUUAUGUCCAGAAGAGCACCCUGCUGACCAUCAGCACCCAGGAGCUUCACGGCUGCAGCGACCACUGCCAACGCCUACCACGGUCUCCUCGCAGGAGCAAGCAGUUCACUGCGGACCACUUUUGCAUGCGCGGCCUGUCUAACUUUUAUUCCGAUUCAAAGAAAAGGAUCCGUACGUCUUACCAGAGUCUUACCGAACUCUCAGACAACCAAGUGCCCCUGGAACUGGACCGUAAUAGGUCACCCACCUCAGCUCCACACCCAGUCUCCUUUCAUAGUGACCCACGCACCUUGCCUGAGACUGUGGCCAGUGUGAAGUCCAGCCACUACAGUCCAGUGUUGUACCUGCUGGACAGCGAUCAUGUGAAUGGCCACUGCACCAGUCCCACCUCCCAGCACUGUGCCACAGGAAGGUCCCGUGUGCCCGGACCAGAAGGGACCAGGCUGAGCCGUCGAGGGCCUGGCCGACCACCCUUCCGAAAGGCUCAGUCAGCUGCCUGCAUGGAGAUCUCCCUACCUGUGUCUCACUCAGAAGAAAGCCGGGAAAGCUCCUUCAGCCGCUCGCGAAGCUCCAGCAUCUCCAGCAUGGAUCGUGAUAUGAAAGAAGUUAUCACCGCACUGCACUUCAUGGAGUCAUUCGCCCGGAAAACAGAUAGCGUGGCAGUGCCCUGCCUGUGGGUUGGUACCAGCCUUGGUGCAGUGCUUAUCAUUGCCCUGUCUGUGCCUGUGGGCACAGAGGAGCGCCAGGAGGGACCCGUGAUAGUGUCUCCAAGUGGUACUGUGUUGAUGCUGAAGGGCUCCGUUCUAAGGUUUUCCUCUCUGGACCUCGGGGGCAACCUAAUACCCAGUCCUUAUGGUAUAUGGCGGGACCCUCAUUCCCACGAGGACCCUGAUCGCAGACGCAAGUUGGGCCACUUCUCACACUCAUCCUCACAGGAGGCGUGCAGUGAAGGCCACCUUGCUGUGGUAUGCUCGGAGAAGCAAGCCAAGGUCUUCCUCAUGCCAGCACAGACCUGCCUCUAUGCCCACAGCAUCACUGAAUCGUCUUUUGUCCUCCGUGCUGAUGUGGUGUCUGUCUGCAACAGUGUCUGCCUUGCCUGUUUCUGUGCCAAUGGGCACAUCAUGACCCUCAGCUUGCCCAGCCUGAGGCCGCUCCUGGAUAUUAACUACUUACCGCUGACGGACACACGCAUUGCUCGGACAUUCUGCUUUGCCAGUGGGGGUCAGGCGCUUUACCUGAGCUCCCCUACUGAGAUCCAGCGCAUAACCUACAGCCAGGAGAUGUGUGACAACCUGCAGGACCUGCUAGGGGAGCUGUUCACUCCAGUGGAGACCCCUGAAGCACAGAAUCGUGGCUUCCUCAAAGGAUUCUUUGGGGGUAGCACCCAGACCUUUGACAGAGAAGAGCUUUUUGGGGAGGCUGCUGCAGGGAAAGCAUCUCGCAGCUUGGCCCAGCACAUCCCUGGCCAGGCAGGAAUGGAGGGUAUGAAGCUAGCGGCAGGGGGUGUGGUGGGGGAGCUGGCCCGGGCCCGCGUAGCGCUGGAUGAAAGGGGGCAGAGACUCGGGGAAUUGGAGGAGCGCACUGCCCUCAUGAUGUCCAGUGCUGAGACCUUCUCAAAACAUGCCCAUGAGCUGAUGCUGAAGUGCAAAGACAAGAAGUGGUACCAGUUCUAAAGCUGGACUGCUGAAGUGAACGCCUGCUCCAUACAACCAUGGGACAUGUGGGGCCUCUGUGCUAUGGACUUAGGAUGUUGGCUUUUGUGCUCUGCAGGAGAGAGAGAGAGAGAGAGAGAGAGAGAGAGAGAGAGAGAGACAGGACUGAUUACGUGCCAGAAACGACUUGGUGUGUGGUUACUGGUUGGUUGGGAAUUAGGAGAUGACCUGUCUGGUGCUGCACACUGUGCUCAGGUGAAUUCUGGGUUUUACUGCCCACAGUGGACCGCAGUGGUGCAGUUGCAGGGCAGCAGUCCUUAUUAUGUGCCGCUCCAAAGACAUAGACAAAGACAUAGACAAAACAAAGCUGAAUGCACGAACUGACCGGGAGAGUAAGAACACAUCAAACUGCCAAAAUAAAAUGAGCAUGUGACCUACAACGAAACAGAAAAUAAUAAUCUGCCUAUC